CCAUCUAAUAAUCACAACCUCCCAUCACUCAUAAAACCCAUUUAAGCAAAAAAACAAACCCACCUCACCUCUCUUCCCUCAACUACCUUAACCAACCCAAAAGCCCCAAACUCUCCUCCUCCAACAAAACAAUCUCAAUACUUCAUUCAUUCAUUCAUACAUAUAUAUUAAAAAAUCCAAAAACAAAACCGCUUUUCAGCUUCCCAAACCCCCCCAGCCCCCCCAAAAAUAAAAAAAAAAAAACAAAAAAACACACAAAUAAAAAAAAGUCUCUCUUCUGUUUUCAGCAUUUUCAGGAAUCCGAAUUCCUCAGAUUUCAAAAUCACUACCCACAAAACAAAUGUGGCGGUCGUGGGGCAAAUCAACGGUUAAGAUUCACGACACGUCAUCAUCUCCAUCCACCCACUUCGCUUGCUCUUCCUUCAAAGACCUACCUGACCUCUGCUUAGACGACGACGACGAGUCCGACUCCCCUUCCUCUUCCUCUCAAUUAUCCACCCCAAAAAAACCUCUACCUUCCAUUUUCCACCGAGUCCGACUCGCCAGCUCGCUCCUCCGCUCCUGGUCAACUCGCCCACCCGAGUCCGUUUUCAAUGGCCAAUCCGGGCCGUCGAUUUCAUUCCCUGGCGCAGAGAAACGAAUCGUAUUGUACUUCACCAGCCUCCGCGUGGUCCGGCGCACGUUCGAGGACUGCAAAGCCGUCCGAUCUAUUCUCCGAGGGUUUCGCGUCUCGAUCGACGAACGAGAUCUAUCCAUGGAUUCCGGGUUCCUAAGCGAGUUACAGCAGAUCCUCGGUCGAAGAAAGUUGACGUUACCGAGGGUUUUCAUCGGCGGUAGGUACGUCGGAGGCGCGGACGAGAUUCGCCAACUUCACGAAACCGGCGAGCUCAAGAAAAUCGUACAAGGCUUGCCCGCAGUGGAACCUGGCGUCUGUGACACGUGUGGCGGUUAUUGUUUUAUUCUCUGUGACGAGUGCCACGGUAGCCAUAAGCUGUACAACGACAAAACUGGCUUCAUGUGUUGUAUCGCGUGCAACGAGAACGGUCUCAUCAGGUGCCCUUCUUGUUCUUGCGCUCCUCUCUGAUCCCUCUGAUUGCUUUAGACUCUAUUAAUUUUUUUUAAUCUUUUUUUAAAUUAGCAAAAUUGUAUUUCUUUUUUUUUUUUGGUUGGGAUAUUUCAGUU